UAGCCGAGACACUGUACUUUGGUCGUCGCACGUUUUACUGCAUCAAACAAAGUACCUCGCCUGUCGCGUCAUUCCACCCACCACUCCCUUGCUAUCGUUAUCGACCGACCUAUAACCACCAUCUGAAGGGGUCCGCCUGAUCCUGCGCACGUUUGAGCUGGUUUCAUGAAUUCCAGCAGCUCUAUAUCAAUACACUAGACCACCUCUUGGAAACUUCUGACUCAACUACAACAUACCUACUCAUAGCGAUCAAACGAACAAAAAUCACGAUAACACGAUAAUGGAUCACGCACAUAUGGAUCACAGCGGCAUGAGCCACAGUGGAAUGGACCACGGAGAUAUGGACCAUGGCCACGGAGGAGGCAUGAAGGAUAUGUGCAGCAUGAACAUGCUGUUCACUUGGGACACCACCAAUCUCUGCAUCGUCUUCCGCCAAUGGCACGUUCGCUCGACAACCUCCCUCUUCUUCUCUCUCGUCGCUGUAAUUUUCCUCGCCGUCGGCUACGAAGCUCUCCGUUCCCUCUCGCGACAGUACGAAGAAGCCCUCGAUAAUCGCGUCCGAGCCGCACCCAGUCUUGAUGUUCCCGUUACUGAGUCGACUCCCAUCCUUGCAGGACAAUCCCAAGGACAAGCCGAUCAGCGUGCCCACCUCAUCAAGGCUGUUUUAUAUGGCCUACAGAACUUUUAUGCAUUCAUGCUCAUGCUCAUUUUCAUGACAUACAACGGCUGGGUUAUGAUUGCUGUUUCUCUUGGCGCAUUUCUUGGAUAUCUAUUCUUCGGAAAGCGAACUUCUGCUACCAAGGAUAACGCAUGUCAUUAGAGGGGCUGAACGUUUAUGAAACGGCCAUGGCGAACCCAAAGGACACGCGAAGUCUAAAUUAUUGCAAAUGGAAACCUAAAGCUUGACACUUUUCAUCAUAAUCCACCAGUAUCAAUGUUCAGUACUCUUUGCCUCUCUCUAAGCCUCUUAGCAGUAUCGGACUUAACGUUCAUAGAUCUUGUUUCUAUUUCUAUCCACAUGCCUUCAGAAUCUCUACAUCUUUGACGCAUCGCCAGGUUCAGUCCGCUUCUCUGGAAGUUUGUCCCCCAGGUCCCCCAAGCUAUCCGCAUGGGCAAUGAUCUCCUCAUCGCCAAAACUGUCAUUAUGCUCAAAUCCAGGCUCCUGUGCAUAUGCAAUUCUCGCUGCGUCCACCAAUAUGCGCGCCGUCAUUCCCCAGACCUUGAAUCUCCCAUCUGGUUCCUCUUCUUUUUCUAGCUUGUCAACCAAACGGCUUUGCUCGCUAUCCCGCCGCGGCUUCGAGAUGCUUUGGUUGUUGACUGGGACGUAAAAGUUGUGCACCCGCCAGGGGUGAUCUUUCCAGUGAUUCCAGAAGCCAUCGUACCAUUGUCCUUCAGGCAGCGUCUCACCCGGGGCGGGAGGGAGAUCCUGCGCAUGGAGGAAAUUGUAAAAGGGCGCACUGAAGACGGCAGCGACUUCGCGAGCAUCAAGUCUAGGAAUCAUAGUUUCCUCAACAGUCGGUGCCGGUUCUCCUGCUGUGCGCUGGUCCGCAUGGAGAAAUGCAACACAUGGUCUCACGACGAGGUGUGUCCGAGCUAAGGAAGGGGGUAGAUAGCAAAGAUGCUCGACGCGGAAGGGUUUUGGAAGUUUGCUAUCAUCCAUGGGAAGUCCAAUUUCUUCCCAAGCUUCUCGGCGGGCGAUUUGGACUGUGCAACAGAAUUAAUAAGGAAUAACGGCACUUGAGAACAACGCCUUACAUGGUGUCUCUUCAAGAUCAUCUGCCUUGCCCCCGGGAAAGGCAGCAUGGCCAGAAAAGUUCCUCAGACUUGCAGCGCGCAUGGUGAUAACCACACGUAAAUCGCCGCGACGGUCAGCAUACAGUAGUACUAAGACUGCUGCCCGCCUCCGAACGGGUAGACGAUCCCAUAGUGGGAAUGGAGGGGGCUUGUAUGCACGGAAACGAGCAAUAGCGGCCUUGCGAGAUAUGAUGUUGGUCAGCAAUCGGCAGUAUAUAUGUGAAGAGUCGCUCAAGAGACGCAUUGAAAAGCAGCAAGAUGUGAGAUAUGCGGAUGACAAGCAGAGCACAGGUGAACAACUCAACUCAACUCACAGCGGACAUUGCGUUCAAGGGCGACAUGGUCAGAGAGUCAUAAUACAGCGACGCCUCUCCGUGAUUGAUCAGCUCCUCCCUGGUAGCUUCGCGGAUGCCCUUCUGUAGCGCCUCAACCACGUCAGCGUCGGUGAUGCUGUGGCUUCCAGUCUGUGUCUCAGUUGAGGUCUCGUUAUUGAUAGAGGCUCCUGUAUCGUAGAUCAUGAUGAGUGAUCAACGAGGGCCGAAACUCUAAUCGCCCAGAGAGGACAAGCUCAGUCACUGAACCUGCUUCCUAGGUGACGGCUUAUUAUAAGAAUGUAUUCUUUUUUGGUUAAACAGUUGUUAGUCUAAAGGUUGAGCCUUGGGAUGGAAGGGAUAAGUAAACUAAAAGUUGCCUCGGUCAGGAAGCCGCUCCGGCUCCGGAUCUUGAGGAUCUGAAUCUGCGGGGGGCGGGGCUCGGAAGACAACCAAUAAGUCAAUGGGUAUGGAAAACAGAGACAAGACGUAUUACGGUACUCGUUAGGAUUGAUAGGCUAGGCAUGGAGGAAAGAAACACAUAUUUUAGUAACAACAACAGCGAAGUAAGGCUAUGUCAUUUCAAUGUGAGCGACGAGAAUAAGAGUGAAACCAUCACAUACGAUCUAUUGUUCUCGACAAACGAUUGAAGAUUAACCCAGCUUGCUCGACAGCUGCAUC